AUGACGGCUUCUUUUAAUCAGCAUGACUCUUUUAACCACGCGCGAGGCGCUUCCCGUUCCAUCCACGUGUCAGCAGCACAAGCGAACGUAACGCAAGAAAACGCUCAGUCCGCAGCACCCGACGCACACGCGCGAACCCUACCCGCCGUUUCUGCCUGGCCUGCAUUCUCCGCCGCGUUUUCCGGCGAGUGGGCGGGGUACUCCGUCGACUUCUCGCGCUUCGGGCAGCCCUUGGAGUUGCCGCAAUCCGUCGUUCCCGAGGCGUUCCGCGACUGGGGGCUGGUCCAAUACGCGUGGCAAUCCCAGACCUCCAGCGUCGCUCGCGGGGAGGCCCUUGGGAAUGCCGAGAUUCUCUCUUCGUUCGUGCGGUACGCGCCUGCUGCGGGGUGUGAGGCGGCGUCUCCGCCUAAAUACAGCAUCGGAAGGACGGUUUUCGACUUAUCUGCUGCUCCUGCUGGUGGCGCUGCUGCUGCUGCUGCCAGCGAGUUGUUUGCAUUCACGGCAGAUGGCUCUUAUCUGCUCGUCCGAGCUGGCCAGUCCUCCACCAUGCCCGCGCCUGCCAGCGUGGACGCCAUGCGGGCCACUCAGUGGGUGCCACGUGGCACUGAAUCCACAGCCCGUGACUCUAACGAGCGUGAUUCAAACGGGGGGAUCGGCAGCAUGGCAGGAGGGCCGUUUCAGGUGGAACAUUGUUUGGCCUUGGAAGGGGUGGAGGCUGCAAGUGGUAAGGGAAGAGUGAGAGUGCGCGUUGUGCAGCAAUUCGCACCACAGAAUUCAGCAGCAGGAGGAAGAGGAGGAAGCAGAGGAGGAGGAGGAGCGUUGGCCGUGCCUCGGCUUGCCAGCCUGGCACUGCACAGGGAGAAGUGGGUGGAGCCGUUUUCGGGCGGCGCUGAGCUGGCGGAUGGCGCAGCACUGUUCAGUUCGGAGAUGGUUGAGGAGGGGGAAGGGAGUGAGGCAGUGCGGGAAGGCAGGGUGAAGGAGAUUGAGGGGCGGUGGGGGGUGACGGCGAGAGAAGCUCAAGUGCCCACAGCUCCAGCCAUCUCAUCAUCACUCGUUGCUCUGGAGUUAACAGAGCCAAUCCAAACGGAGCUCUCGAGACAGAUGGAUACCUCUGCUUUGGAGGAUGGGACGUUCAUGCUGCUCCCAGAGGGAGUCUGGAGUCAUGUGCAUAAGGUGGAUGAAUUGUCGGGAGAAAGCUUGUUUCAUGUAGAGGUUGGGUGGCUGUUUUCUUCCAACCAGGCUAUCGUCUCACGGGCUCACUUCGACCAAUCAGGGAAUGCAAAGGUGCGUUGA